AUAAACGAAGAGAGAGAGAGAGAGAGAGAGAGAGAGAGAGAGGGUGCAGUUAUCAAUACCAUUAACAAUGAAGCUUUAGGAUCGAAAGAGUUGAUAGGGAGCCAAAAACGACUCGGGCUGGACAGAGUUGAGGAGGGGCACCUCAGUUUCGGGGGAGGCGGGAGGAGGAGGAUGGGCCUCGAGCACAGACUUGCAAUGGCACUUCAAAUAUUGGAUUAAAGCAGUAUGCUGGACAAGAGUGAGGUGUCCACGCUUGGCCUACCCUCUGCCCCGAGUCAUGGAGGCUCUGACACCAACAUCAGCGCAGACGGAGCAGCAUCCACGUCCGGAGCCAGCGGGGGUGAACUUCCAGGGGAACCACAGAGAACCAGGCUCGCUCUCGAACACCUCCAACAGAAGAUCCUCAAAGUCACAGAACAAAUCAGAGUGGAGCAGGAGGCCCGUGAUGACAAUGUGGCCGAGUACCUAAAACUAGCUCACAACGCGGACAAGCAACAGGCAUCACGGAUCAAGCAAGUGUUUGAGAAGAAGAACCAAAAAUCUGCACAGAGAAUUGCACAGCUGCACAUUAAACUAGAGCAUUAUCAUAAGAAGCUGAAGGAAAUCGAACAGAAUGGACCAGCCCGGCAGCCCAAGGAUGUGCUCCGGGACAUGCAGCAGGGAUUGAAAGACGUGGGGGCCAAUGUUCGCGCUGGAAUAAGUGGUUUUGGUGGCGGAGUCGUUGAAGGGGUCAAAGGAGGGGUCUCUGCGCUCACUCACACUGCUGUUGUAUCCAAGCCAAGAGAAUUUGCCAGUCUGAUCAGGAACAAAUUUGGCAGUGCUGAUAACAUAGCUCACCUUAAAGACACACUCGAAGACGGGGUGGGUGGUCCGUCAGAGGACACCCCCACACCUCGAGCCCUAAGUGGGAGUGCUACUUUAGUGUCCAGUCCUAAGUACGGCAGUGACGACGAGUGCUCUAGCGCGACCUCUGGGUCGGCAGCAGGUAGUAACUCUGGUGGGGUGGGAGGUGGCGGGGGCAUAUUAGGAGCAGCCAUGGGGAGCCCCAGACUGGACGGGCAUCAUCACCAUCACCACCACACGCACAGCUCCUGGGAGUCUCUGCUGGAGGGGCUUCAGGAGAUAAAGGCGGGGCAGGCACACAUGGAGGAUGCCAUCGAAGACAUGAAAGGACAACUGCAGAGCGACUACUCAUACAUGACACAGUGCCUGCAGGAGGAGAGAUACAGGUAUGAAAGAUUGGAGGAGCAGCUCAAUGACCUGACUGAGCUGCACCAGAAUGAGAUGACCAAUCUCAAACAAGAACUGGCCAGUAUGGAGGAGAAGGUGGCCUACCAGUCCUACGAGCGAGCCAGAGACAUUCAGGAGGCCGUAGAGUCUUGUCUGACCCGCAUCACAAAGCUGGAACUGCAGCAGCAGCAGCAGCAGGUGGUGCAGUUGGAGGGAGUGGAGAACGCCAAUGCCCGAGCGCUCCUUGGGAAACUCAUCAACGUGAUCCUGGCUCUGAUGGCUGUGCUCCUGGUUUUCGUUUCCACUUUGGCCAACUUCAUCACGCCCCUGAUGAAGACCCGCGCCCGUGUGGCGGCCACAGUGCUGCUCACACUGCUACUCUUCAUCUUGUGGAAACAGUGGGACUUUUUGGAGCUGUGGCUGCUGCCAAGCUGAGCAAUCUAAGGCCAAAUACAACAAAACCCACUUUACUGUCUUUUGAGCUGAGUCAAAGGAUAUCAGGGACAAAUCAAAACACUUGUGGACAGAAAACCUUACAAAAAUGUUACGCAAAACACACCACAAAACUAAUUUUCUCAUCUAGCAUUAACCUAUGGAUGACCUUGGAUUACCUGUUGUCACCAGUAUCAUACACAUUAGUGAUCAUUUGGCUUUACUCGGACUAUGACCACUUGAACUGACCGAGCGCUACCAUCUUUGUUGUUACCUCAUGUCAAAGAUUCAUAAUGUAUUUAGGAAGUAAAGGCUUUUUCUUGAAUGUUAUGUACUCAUGCAUGUCCAAAUAUGUGCAUUUAAAUGCAUCUAUACUGGCAUGAGGCUAUCAUUUACUGACACAACUUUCAGAAACUGCCAUUUGUCAGAAUUAAAAUUCAGAUGUCUUCUGUGUCAUUCAUAGUUUACACCUCUAGUGUUUUGAAGCAAUGCUUUUUAUUUUUAUUUUAUUUUAAUUUUUUUGUCUUCAGGCCAAAUUAACUGCUUUCUCACUCCAGCCGUUUCUGUCUGUUAAUGCUUGUCCACAAGUACUGUAUUAAAUCAGCUUUUGUUCAACACAACGGUCAUUGCAGCUGGCAUGUUGUAUUUACAUUUAUAUACAGUUAUCAAAAAUGUUGUUUUAUUAAUGUAAAAAAUAAAAUAUUUCAUAUAUUAGACUG